AUGGCUGAUACCGACGAGCGUUAUCUGCAGCAAGCAGCCAUAAGAGGCCAUAAAUCUGGCCUUCUGGCUACCUGUGUUGUAUUUCAUUCGCUUCAUAUAUAUCUUGAUCACUUCAUAUCUCAUUUCUAUUCAUAUUUAUCCCAAUCUGUUUAUUUAUCUUUCCCAAUCUAUCUAUCUAUCUAUCUAUCUAUCUAUCUAUCUAUCUAUCUAUCUAUCUCAGUCUGUUCAGACCUAUUUAUCUCAGUCUGUUCAUAUCUAUCUAUCUCUAUCUCUCUCUUUGUCUCUGUCUCUGUCUCUCUCUCUCUCUCUCUCUCUCUCUAUAUAUAUAUAUAUAUAUAUAUAUAUCUGUCUCUCUGUUCGGAUCUCUGUUUAUAUCUAUCUAUCUAUCUAUCUUAUCUAUCUAUCUAUCUAUUUAUCUAUCUCUGUUCAUAUCUAUCUCAGUCUUUUGAUAUCUAUCUAUCUAUCUCAAUCUAUCUAUCUAUCUAUCUAUCUAUCUAUCUAUCUCAGUGUGUUCAUAUCUAUCUCAGUGUGUUCAUAUCUAUCUCAGUCUGUUCAUAUCUAUCUAUCUAUCUAUCUAUCUAUCUAUCUAUCUAUCUAUCUCAGCUAGCUAGCUAUUUCACUAAUUCGAUAGCUAACUUGAUAUGUCAUUAUCUAUCUAUCUAUCUAUCUAUCUAUCUAUCUAUGCAAGUCUAUCAGUCUGUCUAUCUAUCUGUAGAUCCUUAUGUCUGA